UCCGCGGACUUUUAACGUCACUCACGGUUGCGCGACAGGCUCCACGCUCCAUGUGCCGCCCGUCCCCCUGCCCCGCGCACAUUAAUAUUCCUGUAAGCCUCAGUCAUGAAUAACAAUUAACGCUACACCGUAUACCGGGGGUAGAGGCGGGCUCACACUCAGAGCGGAGGCAGCUCGGGGCGCAAGAGGGUUCAUCAUGGAGCUGUAGUUCAGGCCGUGCCUGCAGAUACCAACGCGCCGCUUUUACCUGGAACGAGUUUGGCUAUAUCAUCACGGGCCAACACUAUCUUCUGUGCCGUUGACACCAACAGAGGGUUUGCAAAUGUUAGUUCACUCCUACUCCACUGCGGACCGGCACGACGGCGUCUCGAGCCACAGCUCGCGCCUGUCCCAGCUGGGCUCGGUAUCGCAUCCGGGACCCUACUCCAGCGCGCCGCCGCUGUCUCACGCACCAUCCUCGGACUUCCAGCCUCCGUACUUUCCGCCUCCGUACCAGCCGCUCGCUCACUACCAGAGCCAGGACCCGUACUCCCACGUCAGCGAUCCGUAUUCCCUGAACUCCCUGCACCAGAGCCAGCAGAGCGCAUGGGGGGCGCGGCAGCGGCAGGACGCCGCCGGAGAGCGGAUGGACAGCUCGGCUCUGCUGGCGCAACCGCGGGCCUCUCUGCCGCAGCUGUCCGGGUUGGACCCGCGGCGGGACUACGGCGUGCGGCGGCCGGACGUGCUGCUGCACUCCGCUCACCCGGGACUGGAUAUGAGCGAUGGACUGCUGCAGGGGCUGCAUGGCAUGGAGGAUAUUCAGACCAUUGACGACACCAACGGAACGAACAUCCUGGAUCAAUCAGUUAUUAAGAAAGUUCCCAUGCCACACAAGAACAUGGGCUCCCUGAUGCUCGGCAAGGACGGGCUGAUCGGGGGCAUCACCGUGAACAUCAACGAGGUGUUCUGUUCGGUACCGGGCCGCCUGUCGUUGCUCAGCUCCACCUCCAAGUACAAAGUGACCGUAGGGGAGGUGCAGAGGAGGCUGUCCCCGCCCGAGUGCCUCAACGCCUCCUUGUUGGGGGGCGUGUUAAGAAGAGCAAAGUCCAAAAACGGUGGGAAAUGUCUGAGAGAAAAGCUGGAGAAGAUCGGACUCAAUUUACCGGCAGGAAGACGCAAAGCUGCUAAUGUCACAUUACUAACAUCUCUUGUCGAAGGCGAAGCGGUCCACCUGGCCCGGGACUUCGGGUACAUCUGCGAGACGGAGUUUCCCACCAAAGCCGUGAGCGAGUAUCUCAACCGACAGCACGCGGACCCCAACGAGCUGCACACGCGGAAAAACAUGCUGCUGGCGACAAAACAGCUGUGUAAGGAGUUCACAGACCUGCUGGCCCAGGAUAGGACUCCCCUGGGCAACUCCAGGCCCAGCCCCAUCCUGGAGCCGGGCAUCCAGAGCUGCCUCUCCCACUUCUCCUUCAUCACGCACGGCUUCGGCUCGCCCGCCAUCUGCGCCGCGCUGACCACCCUCCAGAACUACCUCAACGAGGCUCUCAAAGGACUCGACAAGAUGUUUCUCAGCAACCCUCCCAACAACCGGCACGGGGACGGUGGUGGCGGCAAGGCCGACAAAGACGAGAAGCAGCGGAAAUGAAGCUGGGGAGGCGACGACCGAGGGAGCCGAACGGACGGAGGCGUCAACACCGUUACUUCUAGCUUUACACCACUGCCACUGACCUGCCACACACUGGGCCGAGGUGGAGGAGGAGGGCUCGGUGGAGAGGAGAAAAAGGCGGAGGAAGACACCUGAGGGCCAGUGUCAGAGAGCACAGAGGGAUGUUUCAUCUGUGUUACGUUCUUUUCAUUCCCCUGAGGACAUGAUGGUUACUGUGUUACAUCCAUUUCGCUCCCCCUGCCUGCAUCCUGUGAGACUGAGAUGCUGUGAGCAGCCAACAAACAACAUUGUGGGUGUGUGCGUGAGUGAGUGUGUGCCCGAGUGUGUGUGUGUGUGCGUGUGUGUGUUUGUCCUCACGCAGAAAAAAAACAUUGUGGGUAUGAAGAUUGGCUCAUUUUAUCUGUGAAACAGGUUCGUCUGGUGACUUAACGAGGAGGGAGGGUGUUAAUUUAUGUGUGUAAAUAUUUAUUUAUAUUAAUUUAAAUGGAUGGUUGUGUAAAUAGGUGCACCAGCUAUUUUGGAGUAGGCCUAUUUAUCUGUAAUUUGACCUUUUUGUGUGCAGGCGGGAGUGCAGGACUUAUCCAGUGUUUUUUUCUGUUGUUUAUAGAGCUGUUGUCAUGGUGCUGAUGAUGGGUAGACAUGCUUCUAAUUGUCCAGUGAUUUCAUUUCUAUCACAUUGAUAAUAAACCAUGCGUUUUAUUAUGUGA